UGGCUGCCUCACCCCUCCGUCAGGCUGGAAGCCACCGUGCUUCAGUUUGGUUUGGGAUGGUCUCUCUCUCUCUCUCUCUCUCUCUCUCUCUCUCUCUCUCUGGAUCUGGAGCUGUAGCAGUCUGUUAUUGAUGGUUUUUCCCCCGACAUUUCCAUGGUAACUGUCCUGUCUAAGAUCUGAUCAGCAGCCAGGAGCCGAGCAGUGUGUGAGAAUGGAGCUGGAGGAAAAAAACCCGGACCCUAAAUACGGGGAGUCCAGGAAGUUUGACCCAAACUUCAAAGGGCCGAUUCACAACAGGGGUUGCACAGAUGUCCUCUGCUGCAUUCUCUUCAUCUUAGCCUUGUUGGGGUACUUUGCUGUGGGUAUCCUUGCCUGGUCUCAGGGCGACCCCAGGAAAGUGAUCUACCCCACGGACAGCAGGGGGCAGUUCUGUGGGCAAGCAGGAACACCUCUGGAGAAGAAGCCUUUUCUUUUCUACUUCAACAUCCUGAAAUGUGCCAGUCCUCUGGUGCUGCUGGAGUUCCAGUGUCCCACCACACAGGUAUGUGUGGAAAAAUGUCCGGAAAGGCAUAUGACACUGGUGAAAGCAAAGUUAAGCCUCAAAGCAGAAGACCGCGUAUACUACAAACAAUUCUGUAAGGAAGGAGUGGACUUCGACAAAAUGAGUGCUCCUGAGAUCCUGAGGGAUGGCUUGUGUCCGGCCAUGCUGAUGCCCAGUAAAGCUUUCACGCGUCGCUGCCUUCCUGCCUUAGGAACGAGAAAGAAAAAUGGGGUGGUAGUGGUGGGCAAUGAGACCACUAUUGAUACCGGAGAAGGUACCACUGUCAAUGCCACAGAUGUACUGGAGGCAUCCAAGAAAUCAAAUAUGGUCGUUGAAGCUCGCCAGGUGGCUAUGAGAAUCUUUGAGGACUAUACUCAGUCUUGGUACUGGAUAUUGCUUGGUCUGGUGAUCGCCAUGGUGGUCAGCUUGAUUUUCAUCGUCUUGCUGAGAUACUUGGCUGGCAUCAUGGUCUGGGUCAUGAUUGUUUUGGUUAUUCUGGUCAUUGGCUAUGGGAUUUUCCACUGUUUCAUGGAGUUUAAGAGCCUGAAGGGAGAGCCGGGCGCUGACGUUACCAUCCGUGACUUGGGCCUGCAGACGGACUUCUCUGUCUACCUGCAGAUCAGGCAGACCUGGCUGGCUUUCAUGAUCAUCCUGGCUAUUGUGGAGGUCAUUAUCAUCCUGUUACUCAUCUUCCUCAGGAAGAGAAUCAUGAUCGCCAUCGCCCUCAUCAAAGAGGCCAGCAGAGCUGUUGGUCACGUCAUGUCAUCGCUGUUUUACCCACUCCUGACCUUUGCGCUCUUGGCUGUGGUGAUUGCUUACUGGGCCAUCACUGCUGUUUUCUUGUCCACAUCUAAUGAGCAGGUGUACAAGGUGUUCAACAACACGCAACCGUGUGAGUACGCACUAGAGACCUGCGACCCCAAGACAUUCAACACCUCCAAUGUGUCAGCUCAGUGUCCUGAAGCUGAGUGCCUGUUUGCCUUCUAUGGUGGGGAGACACUCUACCAUAAAUACCUUAUCUUGUUCCAGUUCUACAAUGUCUUCCUCUUCUUCUGGUGUGCAAACUUUGUAACGGCCCUGGGCCAGGUCACUCUGUCGGGGGCCUUCGCCUCGUAUUACUGGGCCUUCAAGAAGCCUGAAGAUAUUCCCGCCUACCCCAUCUUCGCCUCGCUGGGACGGGCCCUCCGUUACCACACAGGCUCCCUGGCUUUUGGCUCCCUGAUCCUGUCUUUGGUCCAGGUCAUCAGGGUCAUUCUGGAGUACCUGGAUCACAAGCUGAAAGCUGCUCAGAACAAAUGUGCUAAAUUCAUGCUAAGCUGCAUGAAGUGCUGCUUCUGGUGUCUGGAGAAAUGCAUUAAGUUCCUGAACAGAAACGCCUACAUCAUGAUUGCCAUCUAUGGAAAAAGUUUCUGUCCCUCAGCCCGAGAUGCUUUUUUCCUUCUCAUGAGGAACAUUGUCAGGGUGGCUGUCUUAGAUAAAGUGACUGACUUCCUGCUGUUUCUUGGGAAGCUCCUCAUCGUUGGAAUUGUUGGGAUCUUCUCUUUCUUCUUCUUCUCUGGAAGAAUCAAAGCAGUCGAGGAGGCUGCGCCAUCUCUGAACUACUACUGGGUGCCAAUACUGACGCUGGUAGUUGGAUCCUACCUCAUCGCCCAUGGCUUCUUCAGCGUGUACGCCAUGUGUGUGGACACACUGUUCCUCUGCUUCUGUGAGGACUUGGAAAGAAAUGACGGCUCAUCAGAAAGGCCUUACUUCAUGUCCCCCGAGCUGCACGAGAUCCUCUCCAAAGCAAAAAGGGUGGAGGAUGAUGAUGGCGUUGAGCAGACGGACUCUGCCAAGCAGGUGGACGAGGUGAAACUGGAGGAGGAGACCCCUCUUCAGCAGCAACAAGACGGAGAGAUCCAACUGAAAGAGCAGACGGUGCUCAAGCAGGAGAACGAGGAGGCUCAGCCUUUGCAGUCCAAGACGGAUGCUGAAGAGCCACAGGAGGAGAAAAAUGAAGAAGAGAAAGUCAGCGGGGCAGAGGAGACUGAAAAGAAAGAAGAGGAAAAAGAAGAGGUGAAAGAAGCUGUAGAGAAACAGGAGUUAAAACAGGAGGAAAAGGCAGAGGAGGCACCUCCUCCAGCUGUGGAUGCUGAGAAAGAGGGGACUGGUGAAAAGAAAGAAGAAAAAGAAGAAACUCAGGAAGAAAAUCCUCCCUCUGCGCCGCAGGAGUAGAUGUUAACAGUAAUGUAAGGGCAAGCAAAAAAAAAAAAAAAAACAAGGCUUGGUAAACCUCAAAGAAUGAAAGAACCGUAUUACAACUUUGUGAAAUGGACUUGUUAAAUGUGCGGCAUUACAACCAGCUAAAAUUUCAGAUCGCCUUGCUAUGCGUGUGGUGUGACGUCCAGCUGGAGGAGGUUGCGGUCGAUGUGAAGGUUGAAGCAGGUCAAAAGCCCAGUGCAUCUCUGUAGCUUGAAAAAAAAUAAGAAGCUCCCUUGUGUUGGUUUUAGAACAGUGUUGGUUUUUAUAUUGUGAAGAUCUGUAGAACAUUGUGAGUACUGAACCUGUGCCUGAUUACUGUCACUAAUAGUUAUCGUCUUAAUCCUGUUAUGCACUACAGAACCACUAAGUACCGUGUUUACAGUCAGGACAAACACAUCUCAAUUGAUGGUGAAUCUCUCACUGUUUACAAUAAUACCAGCUGACGCCAAAAUGUUACAACAUAUUUGAUAUACUGUAUGAAUAUUGGAUCUUUUUUUUCCUAUGGAACUUGUAUAUAUACAGUAGUGUAUGUCUAUUAUGUAUGUUUUGGCUUCGGUCUUGUAGAGAUCCCUGCUAAGAUGGGAUCCCAUGUAUUGUAUUGCCACCUACUUGCCUUGGUAUUUUGGACUGGCGCAAGCGCUGUGAUUGUGUUGCCAUGAUGCAGCCAUCGUGACCUCUCUGCAGACCCCGGCACUUGUUUACUGAUCCCACUUGCCUCGCUCUGUCCCUAUCCUCUCUCUGUCUCUCUCUCUCUGUCUAAGCGCUGCAUGGUGUUAACAAGGCCUUCUGAAUGCUCGCAACUAACGUCUAAGUCUCUGGAUGCUUUUGUAACCCUUUUUUCCUGUUUGUCACCUUGUGUAAGAUGUAAGUUGAUUUUCCACUAAAAUUACUGAUGACAUUCCACAUUUACUGGAUGUAAAUCUCGAUUAAAGGUGAUUGUAUUUAA